AUGCCUCUUUGGCAAAUCUAUCACCCAGUCGGCACAUACGAGGACCAGGCAUCCAAAGCCUCCUUUGCCCAAGAUAUCACAAAGAUCUACACCAAAGUCGGUCUCCCUGCCUUCUACGUUGUGGUCAACUUCAUUCCCCUGCCAAAAGAAGACAUCCUAGUCGGGGGCGAGCUACAAAACAAGCCAUUCAUUCGAGUCGUGAUCACAAAUAUCGCAAUCAAAAUGCCCGAAAGUGAUGACGCCUACGCCAGAUUUACCUCGUCGGUUGAUACAGUGCUCAAGCCACAUAUUGCCGAUAGAGGGUAUAACUGGGAAUACUACGUCGUGGAGACGGAUCGUCGACUGUGGAAAAUCAACGGUCUUGUCCCGCCGCCGUGGAAGAGUGCGGAGGAGCGGCUAUGGGUUGAGCAGAACAGGGUUAUUCCAUAUGGACAUGAAUGA